UACUGAGAUCAAUGGCUUCUUCCAACUUUAUCUCUCUCUACUUCUCCAUAUUCAUCAUAAUCUCUUCUCUUCUUCAUUCUACUGAAUCCUUAUGCAGCACCAGACCUCUCAUUUUCAAUUUCGGUGAUUCCAACUCCGACACCGGCGGCCUCGUCGCCGGUCUCGGUUACUCUGUCACCUCUCCCUAUGGUCGCACUUUCUUUCGCAGAUCCACUGGUCGUCUCUCCGACGGUCGCCUCGUCAUUGAUUUUCUCUGCCAAAGUGUUCAGGCUGGAUUGUUGCCCCCAUACAUGGAGUCAUUGGGUUCCACAUUUUCAAAUGGGGCCAACUUUGCUGUGGUGGGGUCCUCGACACUCCCUAAGUUUAUACCCUUUGCUUUAAACGUUCAGGUUAUGCAGUUCCUUCACUUCAAGUCCAGGUCCAAUGAGCUUCUUGCUGCAGGUUCAGGGAAGAUGAUAAAUGGUGACGGGUUCCAACAAGCACUUUAUAUGAUUGACAUUGGCCAAAACGACCUCUCUGAUGCAUUUGCCAAGAAGUAUUCAUAUGCCAAAGUCAUCAAAAGAAUACCAUUCAUACUUGCAGAAAUCAAGAAUGCCAUCAAGAGUAUACACGAUAAUGGUGGCAGGAAAUUUUGGGUUCACAAUACUGGUCCAUUGGGUUGUCUACCUCAGAAACUGUGGUUGGUUCAACCAAGUUCUAGAGAAUUGGAUCCCCAUGGUUGUAUUUCAACUUACAACUCUGCUGCAAACUUGUUUAAUGAGGGACUCCGUCAUUUAUGCGCAGAAUUGAGAUCAGAAUUGAAGGAUGCAACUGUUGUUUAUGUUGAUAUUUACUCGAUCAAGUAUGACCUAGUUGCCAAUGCUAACAAAUAUGGUUUCUCGAGCCCAUUGAUGACAUGUUGUGGAUUUGGAGGGCCUCCGUAUAACUACAACAUCAAUGUGACAUGUGGUCAUGGUGGUGCUCGAGCGUGUAAUGAAGGAUCUAAAUUCGUAAGUUGGGACGGGAUUCAUCUUACUGAAGCAGCUAAUUCCAUUCUAGCCUCCAAAAUACUUUCUCAACAAUAUUCCACACCUCGGUUGCCAUUCGACUUCUUUUGUCACUAAUGGUAAUUUUAUGCCUUCAGAAAUGUAGUUUAAUUUACCAGAAUAGCACUACUACAUUCCACUUUGUGAAACUAUCAAGACUUUAAUCUAUAUGCUCAAAUCGUCACUUUUUCCAAG